GAAGAACCACAUGACAUAAUAGGGAAGUCACUGACAUCUGCUGACAUAUCGAACCACUGCUUAAUCAGUAUUUUAUUCCUGUCUCCUCACCAGCGAGGAGUUACUCUGCAGAUUUAUUUUAAAUGCAUUCCAUUAUAUAGCCGGAUUAUACACUGUCAAACCGAUAGAAAGACGUGUGGAUUAAUGCGUUGAAUUGUUCUCCUUGAUGGUAGUUCAGGUUUUGUAUUUUUGACGAUGGCAGUCAGCUGGGUCGAGAGGGUCGCCUCGUUCCUCCGGAGUCCCUCCCGGUUCCUCGCCUCCACCACGGCGGAGGUGUUCCUGGUGGAGCUGCUUCGGGAGCAGCGAGAUGAAAGGCUGACCUACGACGUGAAGCUCACUAUGCUGUCCCCGCUUUGUGAGCAUCCAACGCUGCUGUGCCCGUCUGCCUGCACGGGGGAAGAGACCUGCCUGGAGCUCAUGUCCGUGUUCUCCCACUGCCCUCCCAAGUACACAGAGUUCCGCUGUCAGCUGCUCCUCACACUCACCACAGUGCUGGUCAGCACCGGCUGCGUCAGCGCGCACUCGCACGCCUCCCGCGACUUCCUGGAGCUCCUCCUCAAGCUGGCCCAGGACACAUACUAUGACCCCGCGGACGUGCCCUCAGCGCUGCGGUCCACGCGGGCCGCGGCCUGCGAGUGCCUCCGCGAGCUGGAGGCCUGCUGCCCCGGCCUCCUCUCCCAGCACCUGGAGCUCUUGAACGGACUGAGGCAGCAGGAAAACCCCAGGCACCACCAGGCCCUGAGCGGCCUGUACGCGGCGGUGCUGAGGAACGGCGUGCAUCUGCUCGCCCGGCAGGCGGGGGCUGGGCCGGAGGGCCUGAAGGCGCUGCUGGGAGGGAACGCGGCGGUGGCGUGGGAGGCGGAGCCCGACUCGCCCGCGUUGACGGACAGGGUGGCCUCGGCCCCGCUGCCCUCGGUGCUGGGGCCCUCGGGGCUGGGGCCCUCGCUGCAGACCGGGCCCGACUGCAAGGAGCUGCGCUCGGUGCUCUCCUCGCUCCUGGAGGAGUCCUACCUGCUCACGCCGCUGUCCCAGGCCGCGCUGUUCCACGCGCUGACGGAGGUCGUCGCCAUGGUUUCCGGCGUCUCCCCGGCGAUAUUCAAGGCACAGCUCCUGAGACUCCUGGGCACCAGCAAGGUCUGCCUGUUCCACUGCACCCUGCUGAUGAAGGCGGCCUUCACCGACAGCCUGUUCAGCGCGGAGGACGAGGCCUUCCUCCUGAGGCGGCUGGUGGCCCUCUGCCAGCACCCCCAGGUGAGCACGGCCGCCCAGCUCUUCUACACCGACUGCCUCGUCCACUUCCCCGAGAACCGGCCCAUCGGGGCGGCCGACGGCGGCGAGGCCCUGCCGGUGUUGUUCACGCCCCGGCUGGCCGCCGCCCUGGCGCCCACCAUGUUCGACGAGCCCGCCACCAUGCUGGCCCGCCUCAACGUGUCGGCGCUCGUGCACCUGGAGGAGCACGGCGAGCGGGAGGGCGGGGCCGCCGGCGGGGGGCUGGCGUGCCUCUGGGACCACCUCCUGCUGCGGCUGCACGUGGUGGAGCACGGCGGCGACCGGGCCGGUGUGGUCACCUUCUUCCGGGCGUCCUUCCUCUUCCUGUGCCACUUCGGCCACGUGGAGCGCUACGCCGCCGACCUGCGGCGCCGGCUCUGCGCGCUCUACCUCCGCCACUGCCGGCUGGCCCCGCACGUCCUCAACCUGGCCGACCGCGCCCAGGACGGGGCCGUGCGGCCGGGCUGGGCCGUGGCCCUGCUCCGGUGCCUGCAGGGCGCGGCCGUCUCCGCGGGGGACGACCUGGCGGCGGUCUCCCAGAAGGACCUCCACUGGCACCUGCGGGUGCUGGCGCGCGUGGCGGAGGAGGGGCAGAUCGGCCAGGGUAGCACCGUCGACUUCCUGUUCGCCGUGGCCACCUCGGCGUCCCCCGCGUCCCGGAACGAGGACUGGCGCCUGGCCAGCGACCUGCUGGCCGUGUGUCGCCACCUGCUGGCGCACCCGGGGCUGGACGUCCUCCUCUGCCCGCUGGCCGACGUCCUGCAGCACGUGGCCCGUCGCCACGGCGACACGGACGUCCGGGACCACGCGCGCCUCUACUACUCGCUGCUCACCGCGCUGUCCCGGGAGAAGCUGGCCGGCGUGCUGGCCAACGGCGGCGGCGGCGGAGCCAACGGCGGCCGGCAGGACAAUAAGUGCGCGCUGUCCGCCAUGGUGGUCGAGAGCCAGGACCUGACCAGCGCGCUGACCAUCCACAAGGCCCGCACGCCCGUCUUCCACCUGGUCGCAAAGGGCCGCGCGGGCGGCUGGGCGGAGUCGACGCCGGCACCCGAGGACGACGACGAGGCGGCGGCGGCGGCGGGCACGGACCCGGGAGCGCCCGACGCGGACGUCCUGUCGUCCUACAGGUCGCAGCUCCUCAGCUCCGGCUCGGCCGCCGAGAUCGCCCUCUCCUACGAGCUGCGCCACCUGGACGCCGGCCCGCCCGGCUUCGACCGGCUCUUCAGCCUCCGCCUGCACUUCGAGCCGAGCGCCGGGCGCUUCGCCGCGCUGCCGGACGUCUGCGUGCCCCGUCUGUUCCGGGAGGGGGCCUCGGCGGCGGCGGCGCCGCCCGCGGUGACGCUGACGCUGCGUCCGCGGGCGCCGUACCCGGGGACGCUCCGCUGCAGCGCCAUCUUCACCGCGCAGGACGAGCUCACCUGGCACGCCGCCCUGCCCGACGUCCACGUGGCGUUCCGCCAGCUGUUCAAGCCCCUCCCCGUCCCCGCCUCCUGGGGCCCCGCCCUCCGGCUGCGGGCGUUCGAGCGGCUCUGGGACGAGUUCUGCUCCGGCGGCGAAGCGGGGAGCGUUGGCGAGGGAGGGGGGGGGGACGCGUCACCGGACCGCGCCAGCAGCCUGUUCUGCGGCCGGCUGGGGGAGGCGGAGCUUGAGGCCCUGCUCAAGGAGCACUUCGCCCCGUUCCGCGUGGCGGACCCCGGGGACGUGACGGGUCACAGGGUGCUGCUCUUCCUCCCGCCACGAUCCCACGUGCUGCUGAGGAUCCGCCCCCAGGAGGACGCGGUGCAGUUCCACAUGGCCACCGACAACUGGAGGCUCCUCCCCCACGUCAACGACUUCCUGCUGAGCGUCACCGACUGGGAGGCGCGCAACGGCGUGGACAGUUGACGGGGUGACAGUUGACGCGGUGUCGGUUGACGGCGUGGUCAGUUUUGACGACUUUUGACGUCGUUGACAGUUGACGGCGUGGACAGUUGAUGUGACAGUUGACGACUUUGACAGUUUGACGGCGUCGACAGUUGCUCGUGGACACUUGAUGCCGUGACAGCAACGGGAACGCCUCAACUGUUUUUAAUGAUUCUGAAUACUUUUAACCCCAAUCGCUUCGUGGCCUUGACCAUUUCGUUUAAAACCAGUAGGAUGAUUUAAAGAUAACUGACUGCACUUUGAUUAACUCAAUAAACAUGAGUGAAUGAAAUGCUGUGAAAUUUAUUUUUUUAAUUAAGAAAUGACUUUUGAUUAAGACUGGAUAGUUUAUUGUGCAACUUAAGACAUUGUGUAUUCAUUAUUGACCUACUCGCCAUGACAUCAUACAAUGACCAUAAUCAAGUCUCCUUUCACCAACACUUAA